AUGAGUGAUCAAGGAACUCACUUUUGUAACAGGAGAUUAACAGGACUGCUUAAGAAACAUGGCAUUGUCCACAAGGUAGCAACAACUUACUAUCCUCAAACCAGUGGGCAAGCAGAGGUGUCUAACAGAGAGAUAAAGCGCAUUUUGGAGAAGAUAGUCAAGCCUCAUAGGAAGGACUGGAGCACACGGCUUGUUGAUGCGCUUUGGGCUUAUCGAACGGCAUACAAGACACCCAUAGGAAUGAGCCCCUUCUGCUUAGUGUACAGAAAGGCUUGUCAUCGCCCAGUGGAGGUGGAACACAAGGCUUUCUGGGCUGUAAGAGAAUGCAACAUGGGAUUUGAGAAGGCUGGCACUAAAAGGAAGCUGCAAUUGGCAGAACUGGAGACCCUUCGACUCGAAGCAUAUGACAACUCCAGACUACACAAAGAGAAUGUGAAGGUUGUGCAUGACAAGCAUAUCAGAAGAAGAGAGUUUAGACCUGGGAAGCUAGUCCUCCUUUACAACUCAAGGAUGAGGCUCAUGCCAAGCAAGCUGAGAUUAAGGUGGGAAGGCCCCUAUAGGGUAGAAAAGGUAGAGCCAUACGGAGUCUUCCACUUGAGUCAUACUUCAAGUUCCAAAUUCAUCAAGGUCAAUGGAUAUCGCUUAAAGCUAUACCAUGGUGAGAAGAUGAAGGAAACUAAAGGAUAUAAAAGCAAAGUGCUAGGUAGGAGACAACUCACUAUAGUAUGA